AUGACGAUAGACGCGAUUUGGUGGAUGUUGCUGCUAUCAACUCUAAUCACAUGCCUUAUUCCAGCAUAUACUUGGCCUCUCACUCCUGAGAUGCAAGCUUUGGAUGUAUUUAGGAUGGGCGUAAGAGAUCCUGAUGAAGUGCUUGAUUGGGAUCUCCGCCUCCCCAACCAAUGCACUUGGUAUGGUGUCACCUGCAACUCGGAAAAUCAGACCACUUCACUAGUCGUACAUAACAAGAACCUCUGGGGAGCUCUACCAUCGGAACUUGGACAACUUCCAGCUCUCGGACGUCUGGAACUUCCUUACAAUAGACUCUGGGGAACAAUUCCGUCUGAGCUUGGUAACUUGAAGAGACUCGUAUAUCUCAGCCUAAGUGGGAACCAAUUAUCAGGCAGCAUUCCUGCUUCGCUAGGGAAUUUGAAAUCACUUGAUACCUUGAAUCUUGAUAACAAUGAAUUCACUGGGAAAGUACCCUCCGCAAUUUCAAAAAUUCCAGCCCUCCGAGUUGCAGAUUUUUCAAACAACGGAAAAGGAGGUCAAUCAUUAUGUUGGGAUUUUUGGCCAACACCAGUAUUUAAGGGCCGUUACUCAUUGUGUCAAAAGAAGUAG